GGCUCGGAAAAAGUUUUCCCUCACAAAAGGGGAGAUAGGUGAAUCCGUUGAUAAAGGACGUCUCUCUCACUUUCUUCUUGACCAUCCCAUCUUCUUGCCAAAGCCCAUAUUGGCGAGGCUUCGAUAUUUCUCCCGACGGUUGGAUGAAAUGGCAUCUGGCCUGAGUUUCCAUCCCGGACAGUGCGGCGCACUCCUUCGUUUCUGCUAACACACGCCCCCGCAAUGCCUUACAUCCCGAAAAUCCGUCGAACACACAUCAAAUCCAGAACUGGAUGCAGCACUUGCAAGAAACACAAAGUCCGGUGUGACGAGUACAAGCCCGAAUGCACGCGAUGCCGCCGUCUAAACCUCAGUUGCGGAUAUACCGAACAGGGCUCGCAACAACCUGGCCAGCACAGCCUUCUUGCUACGAAUCCUGGAGAUACAUUGGCCUUGGUGUACCCUCCUCUGGCAGAUCUACCAGACAUCCAACUUCGGGACCGUUGCAUCUUCGCCCAUGUGGCCAGGAUGAUCCACCGUGUAGAAGAAUGUCAAAGCCAUGAACUCGCGUUUGGGACUCUUGUGCUGCCAGAGAUCCUCAAAAUCGCAGUCUCGUACGAUUUUGUCCGACAUGGUGUUUGCACGCUUGGGGCUCGUCAUCUAGCCCUGCUUACGCGCUCGGCAUCAAUGGUAUACGUGGAAUAUCAUCACCGAGGGGUAGCUCUCAAAGGCCUUCGCCAGUGUUUGGAAACCUUCUCUGAGGAACACAUCGAGGCAGUCAUUGCUGCUUCACUCUUGCUUUCUUGGCAGGCUCCUAAAAGUGACGAGUAUGCGCACACAAUGCAGGGGAUCUGUUCGGUCCUGCAUCAAGUAAAAACCGAGCGCUACCGCUCUACAUUUUCACACCUCCUUCUUCCAUCGAAGAAUACCGAGAUCGCGACUCAACUGGCGCAGAUGGACCCUGAUACUUUGCUCGACCGAGCCGAGCAGGCCAUGUCCGAAAUGCAACAAGCCCUGGGAAGAUCCGAGAGCUACCGUGGCAUCAGUUUAGGAAUUAAAGAACUCAAAAUCUACGUCACCAACUUGCGCAUGCAAGGCUCGAAUCCACCAUCGACUCAUCGGCAGUUGACGACGCUGUUCCCUAUCCGAAACUGGAUGUUUUGGAUUCCCAACGCCUUCGAACAACUGGCGCGAAAAGACCCUUUUACCAUGCUCUUCUUCGCCUGUUACGAGAUGAUCCAUCUGGCAAUCGCGCCCCUACUGCCCGCUGGAAAUCUACCGCUUGCGCUGUCGAUCAGGCCCAAGUUUAUCGAGCGAAUCAACAGCGAGUUUUUGGUUCUCGCACAGUCUGUAAUGGAUGCCGGGCAAUUUCCCCUGGAAGACGUCGCUUCCACUCUGCAGUUGUUUAGGAAUUUGAUGGCCGGCCCUCUCCGAUAUGCCAAACUGUACAAUGAAACGUCGAUCAAUUGACAUAUUUAUCGGGCAAUGGCACUUUCUGAGCUAGGCUAAAUACGUUCAGGCGCUGUUUGAUCUCGAGGUUAAUCGGCAUAACCUCUAUUUUGACCGGAUACAUAGAUUUACAUGACAAUGCGGAUGACGUUUUACCCUUUGAACCAGAAUCUGUG